AUGUCUGAGCCAGGAAUUCAGACUCCUGAGAUUUCAACUGAUGUGCUCAUCGUCGGUGCUGGCCCCGUGGGGCUAAAUCUGGCUUAUCAACUGCAACGCUUCUCCUCGCCACCGGUCAGCAACAAUGGACGACCAAUAUGCGUGCAUGUUAUUGAGAAAUACCCCAAGCCCGUACAAGAGACCUUCGGCAGAGCUGUGACCUUCUGGCCACGAUCGAUGGAGAUGCUCUCACAGCUUGACCUUUCAGAACAGAUCACCCAACAGUGUGUCGCAGUGAGGUCAAGCGCCGCUUAUGACUCGCAGGGAGUUGAGGUUUUCGGUAGAGGUUGGAGCUUUCUUGAAGGCAUUGAAGAUACGAGAUUUAAAUUCGCAAGUGUUUUGAGGCAACGGUUCGUUGAGGAUAUUUUCCGACAGGAGCUCAGGCAGUUCGGGGUCGAAGUCAGUGAGAACAAUGCAUUUGUCGGCCUGGAAGUAGACGAGGCUAUCCCGGUUGGUGAAAUCGGGAGAGUCAAAGCAAGAAUCCUCGACUCAAGUGCCGGAGAAGGUAAGGAGAGAGAAUACAUUGUAAAAUGUGCCUACCUCAUUGGAUGUGAUGGUUCAAGAACACUGGUGCGUGGAGCUGCUGGAAUCGAUUCAGAUGGGGAUAGAACGGAGGACAAGUGGGUACGAAUUGAUGGAGUGCUGAAAUCGACCACAAUGCCGAAACCAAGAUCAUACGGGGCAAUUGAAAGUCCAAUAUACGGAAAUAUCCUUUGGAUACCACUGGAUCAUGGAGCGACGAGAAUAGGCUACGCUCUGAACGAGGAAAGGAGAAGGAUGUACCGAGAUCUCAACCAGGAGGCGUUUAUUGAAGAGGCUAAAGUGGCCGUCAAGCCAUUCGACAUCGAAUAUGAACGAGUUGAUUGGGCGAGUGUAUACUCUGUCGGACAGAGGGUUGCACGGAACUUUUGGGCCAAGGAAUCUGUAUUCCUUGCAGGUGACUCGGCACACAGCCAUUCCAGUGGAGCAGGACAGGGCAUGAAUGCUGGAAUGCACGACGCUGUCAACCUUGGCUGGAAGCUAGCCUUGGCCUUGAGAGGAGUACUGAAGCGAGAAGUACUGAGGACCUACGAGGACGAAAGGAGACCGAAUGCGAGAAAGCUGAUCAAAUACGACGAAGAUAUCAGCGUCCUGGUGACAGGUCGUUUGCCCAAAGGUUAUCAAGGCGACCAAAGCGAAGACCCGAACAUUGUCCUCGGGCGGAUACUGCAAGAAGCAAAAGGAUUCAAUACUGGCUUGACCAUUGGCUUCGAUCCCAACGUGGCAGUAUGGCGAGAGGACACUUCGGCAGAGAAGGAUGCGAUCGACAAAGGAUCAAUCAUACCUGCACCAGCUAUGGCCGGAUACCGAGCACCAGACGUUCAGGUUCUCACACCUGCUCUGUGGGAGCCUGUCUGGCUUCAGAGUCUUAUGAGAAAUCUUGCCCGGUUCCAUAUUCUCAUUUUUGCCGGCAAGGGUCAACAAGCCAAAACAGCAUUCCUGAACUUCAAGGCCGAUAUCGAGAAGAACAAGAACUUGACCAAGCCAGGCUUUAGCCCUGUGAAUGGGACGAUGAGCCCAACAGAUGGUGUAGUUCUCAAUGGGUCAUCGAGUCAACCACGCCUCUGGCCGGUGGACCAUCUGACAAUACUCCCUGAGAAGGUUGGCAAUGCCUGGUUCGAAUUAGGCACAGACCCACUGGGUAAGGUGUUCUUUGACGCGGACGGAAGCGCGAACGCCAGAUACAACGUGGAUGUUGAGUCUGGAGCAGUUUUCUUAAUCAGACCUGAUGGCUGGAUAGGGGCUCGAUUUGAUCUCUUGUCAGCCAGCCUGGCCACCGACGUAGACGCCUAUUUGGGUGGCAUUCUUCAUCGAUAG